CCCACCAACGAAAUGCAACUAGUCGCUCGCGCGGAGAUACCAUGGCGGCUCCCAUGAGCAACGUGGAUGAAAUAAGGAAUAGAGUAAUUUUGGGUGAAUACGGUGUGAAAAAUGUUCAUACUACUGACUACCCUGGUAACUACCCAGGAUAUGAUGACAAAUGGGAUUUUCAGAAAUUCAAAAAGAAUUUUAGGAUCGACAUCGUACAAAUGGAUGACAAUACCAUGGAGUUCGAUAUGGUCGGCAUAGAUGCUGCCAUCGCCAAUGCCUUCCGACGGAUCUUGUUGGCAGAGGUCCCAACGAUGGCUGUUGAGAAAGUGUUCAUCUACAACAACACUUCCAUCAUUCAGGAUGAGAUCCUUGCACACAGACUUGGGUUAAUCCCAAUCAAGGCUGAUCCACGUCUCUUUGAGUACAGGAAUGCAGGCGAUGAAGAGGGCACGGAGAUUGACACAAUUCAGCUCCAGCUGACGGUCAAGUGUACACGGAAUCCCAGAGCGCCGAAGGACUCCGCUGAUCCGCGGGAGAUCUACCUUAACCACAUGAUCUACUCCAAAGACAUGAAGUGGGUGCCCAUCGGGAACCAGGCUGAUGUGUUUGCGGAGGCCAGCAUUGGUCCUGUGUUUGGUGACAUCCUUCUGGCACAGCUGCGCCCAGGACAGGAGCUGGACAUAACCAUGCACUGUGUGAAGGGCAUCGGUAGGGACCAUGCCAAGUUCUCCCCGGUGGCCACGGCCAGUUAUCGUCUCCUUCCGGAGAUCACGUUACUGCAGCCCGUCGAGGGGGAGAAAGCCGAGAGGCUGAAGCGCUGCUUCUCGCCAGGUGUCAUCGAGCUGGAGAACAAAGAUGGAAAACAAUUUGCUAAGGUGGUCAACAGUCGCAAGGAUACGUGCAGCCGGGAGGUCCUGCGACACGAUGACCUGAAGAAUCUGGUGAAGCUGGCAAGAGUGCGGGACCAUUUCAUUUUCUCGGUGGAGUCUACGGGGAUACUGCCGCCCGACGUGCUCGUUUCGGAAGCCAUUAACGUCCUCCUGGCCAAGAGCCAGAGGUUCAUUAACGAGCUGGACUCCACAGGCAUGGAGUAGGAGAAGCACUCGGGACCAAAGAGACAUUGACCUUGAAGCGCCGAGGAGGAGGAGGAGGAGGAGGAGGAGGAGGAGGAGGAGGAGGUGGUGGUCGUCAUCAUCUGUGGUGUCCGUUCCUUAGCAGUUGGAUGCCCAGCUACAAUAGGACUUGUCUGAGAGGCGUAACAUAUAUAACAUUGCUCACAUUAAAGCUGGAUCCAUCUGACUGAUGUUUAAUUCACACAAAAGCCAGAGCUUGGCAGAGUCUUGUCAAGCUUUGCGUUGGCGUGCAGCUCUGUGAGUUGAAUUGCUCUCCCUGUCAGUCAUGGUUACACAUUAACUUUGCAUAAGCGGCG